AUGGAUGACUUAUAUGCUAUGGGCAUUUUUAUUGUCCCUCCGCUUACACCUCCGCCGACGCCUCCGCCCGAUUUCCCCGAGGACCUACAGGACCAGGAGCUAACAGAACCUUCUGUAACCAUAUCAAAAAAUGGAAGGUUGUAUGAUCUGGAAUUAUAUGAAGACCAAUAUCCCUGGCCAAUUGACUCAGAAGCGCGGGAGAGACAGCAACAUGUACAUGACGUACUGAUUGCUUACUUUGGUGGAAGCCUGUGGCAUGCUCCAAUCACCAGUCAACUAGGACUAGUUCUUGAUAUUGGUACAGGUACUGGAUGUUGGGCAUUUCACUUUGCCGAUGAAUUAACAUCAGUGAGAGUACAUGCUAUUGAUUCGGUUGUCCUUCAAACAAACUUAGUUCCCUUAAAUCUUGAAAUUGAUAUUGAUAAUGUCAGCAAGUAUUCUGAUUGGCAUACCAUGUAUCAAGAUGUCGAUUUUGCCCAUAUUGGGAGAAUGGGACAUCGCAUUCAAAACUUGGGCAAUGUUGUGAAUGGGAUAGCUAGAUGCGGUAAACCUGGAGCAUGGGCAGAGUUUGUGGACUGGAUUGUGGAGUUCCAAACUGAUCAAAAUUGUCCAGUCCGUCAGUGGUGUAAAGACAUGAAAGAUGCUCUCAGUCACUAUGGCUACGACCUUGACCUACCCCUGGAAUACGAAAAUACAUUGAAGGAAAAAGGUUUCAGCUCUGUUAAAACAAUCGAUCACCGAAUCCCCCUGUCCCUCGAAGACAGCAGACACACGAUGACUUCGAAAAAGGUUGUACAGAUAUGGGCUGAAAGUUUAGUGGAGUUCAGCUUGGAGCCGAUGACCGCAAAACUUGGUUAUAGUGCUGAAUAUGUCCAUGCAUUGUGUUCCGCUGUGUACCUGACAAUAGUUAACGGCCACACAGAUGGAUAUCUGAAUUGGCGUGUUGUCUAUGGUCAAAUACCUCGCUACGACAAUCAGCAGGUGCUUCGUGCUUGGAAAAACUUCUUCGGAUGCUUCUGA